GCGGCGUCAACGCCGGCAGCGGCAUUUUACGGCCUCGCGUACGUGAUAAUGCGGUGUCACGAUGCGCGCUCGCGACAAGUUUAGCCCGCUCGAUCGUUGUCCGCCCGUGCCGUUCCGAGAGAGCUCGUUUCACUUCCAUAUUGAGCGAAUUCGCGCGCGAAUCGUCCGCCCGUCACGAUAAAAUGCCUUGGGGUGUCGAUAAUGAAUAUCCGUUGGACGCGCGGACACUGAUGUGGCCGCGGUGACGAUGCGGGCGGGAGGAUCGUGCGUAAUCUGGGCGUAUCAGAUUGUGUGCAGUGUUUUGCUAUCUGAAUGGACAAUAAGGUAGACGUUUCUGAAAGUGAAAAUCUUUCAAUGAUUGUUGGUACUCCUGGAAUUUUUCAUCUGCCUGACGUUCCAGAAAUAUCGGAGGUAUUGGAAUCAACUGGUCUUAGCCCCUUAACUUCUUCCUUAGAUCAGACUCUUACACUGCAAGAAGAUAAAGUUCUUUCAUCGGAAGUUAACAUGGGUAUUGAGGAUACAUGGACUGAAGCUAACAGUUCGACGUCAGACUAUGCGAUUCCUCUUCCUCCACCACCUGGGUUGAAUGAUUUCUCGGAUGUUGGAGCAGAUUCCAUUGGUGAUUCAGGAACUGGCAUAGAACAUGGUCCAUUUUUGCCACCUGGCACUCCAGCACUUAACAAUCUCUUUGCAGAGACUGGAGAUUCACAUGAUGACUCACCAAUGGAGGUGGUAGUUUUGCCUGCGGGUGUGUGUGGUCUUCGCAAUCUGGGUAAUACCUGUUUUAUGGCAGCUGGACUACAAUGUUUGACUGCAACACCACCUGUUCUCCAACAUUUUUUGGACUUGCAGCAUAGAGGGGAGAAAUUGCCACCACCUGGGUCACUAAUGGCACAUUUCAGUGUGCUCCUCGGGAAGAUGUGGUCUGGCAGAUAUAGCGUACUCAGACCAACAGAGUUCAAGCAGACCUUAGGAGCCUAUCAUUCGCAAUUUAAGGAUUACAGGCAGCACGAUUGUCAAGAAUUUCUGGCGCUUUUGCUGGAUUCCCUUCACGAACAAAUGAAUACGGCAAAGUGUGCCAAGAACUGUCAAGUUCCAUUAUCCACAACCACUGCCAACUCUUUUAACUCUAUCGAAAAUUCGAGCGGAAAGGCCCUUUCUCCCGUCACUGCCACAGCCAAUCUCAAUUGUAACCCGGGUCUUUUAGAGAUAGACGAUUGUUCGUCGCCAGAUUGUCCAAACAGCCCCAACGUGACUAUGGCCGGUUCACCGAGAGAUUUUGAUUCGUCGAUCGGAGAACUCGACAGUAUCACGAAUUCACCGCGAGGUUCACCGUUAAAUUGCGAGGACGACGAAGAAACGCUCGAUUCGGACGAAACGGUCGAGGCGCGUUCAAGCACUUUUAUUCACAAUAAAGUGAACGAGGAGAGCGCGAACGAAAUCGCUCCAACGCGAUCUCUGAGAUUGGACACGUUAAUUGAACUGUCGAAAAGUGUGCCGCAGUAUGGUGACUUGUACGACAUUCACAAAGAGGCUAAGACCAGUAAUGCCAAUUUCUUAGUGACGCAACAAGAAUGCAAUAACGAGAUCCACUACGAUUCGCAGAAAUUUCCCAAGGACAAUGUGCGCAGAAUGCCGUUAGAUAAUUCGAAUUUAAUGGAGAAUCAUGACUUCGAUAACAAGAGCGUCAGCAUCAAACGCAUCAAGGAGGUGAACGUACAGAAAGUGAACGGCAGCCUCGACCAUGCGUCAAGCGGCUCCGAUAUCGAGUACGACAGUGGCCUGGAAAAGUGUAACGUGAAGCGCAUGAGACUGGACGAUCAGGAGAAGAAUCACAAGCGCGACGGUCUCGGCAACGACAGCACCCAGUGUUCGCGGAUCCCGCAGAAUUAUGGGAACGGCGCGAUUGCCGCUCAGGAUGAGAUCGAGGCGGACAAACACUGGGUGAAGCACCUGCGAUCGAAUAGGAGCAUCAUCGUCGAUACCUUCCAAGGCCAGUUCAAGAGUACGGUCGUGUGCUCGGUUUGCAAUCACGUUUCCGUUACGUAUGAACCUUUCAUGUAUCUGUCGGUGCCGCUACCUCACGCGAUGGAGAGGCAGUUGAGUGUCACGUAUGUCCCAGUGAACGGCGAACAGCCCGUAAGAUGCGUAGUUUCUUUGAACAAACAGUCACGAAUUGGAAAAUUGAAGGAGGAGUUGUUGAAAACACUCGGCAAGGAAGACAUCUCGGUUACGAAUAUCGCACUCGCGGAGGUCUUAGAGAAUCACAUAGCGAAGAUUCUGGAUGACAAUACACUCUUGAGACACGUGAAUGAUACGAAUCGAUCGAUAUACGCCUUUGAACUCACGGAACCUCCCGAUGCGUACACUACAGUGUCCGACGGCGGUGGGGAACGUGCAACGGAGACAGAGGCCUGCCAGAGAUGCACGAUCACGGGCGAAGAAGUGCCGUGUAUGAUCUGCCUCGAGGAGCUGGACGGCGAUUUGAAGAGGCACAGCGGAAACAGCUGUAACUUCAUCAUGUGCGAUCCGUGUAUCGAGAAUUACUUCAAGAAUCAAACGGAGCCUCAGACAUGUCCGAUGUGUUCCACGUACAUGACAGCCUCGUCGUUCACAAAGAUAGACCAGACCGGCCGACCGAGGCCCACCGUGCGCAUUCUAAAUGUACCUUUGGUGCUGAGGCACGACACGACGAACGAGACGACGAACAAUCGCAAAGGCACGAAGCUCUUCGGCUAUCCGCAUCUGAUACGGCUCCCUUCGCGAGUGAACGCACGGGACUUGUACGAUAUCGUGAAGAAAAAUGUGUCGCAUGAAGGACAAUACACGAUUCACUUCGUCGACGGGCAGGGUCAUCAUUGUUCGCGGUGUAUGUAUACCGCGCACUGUACAGGAUGCAGCGUGCCGGAAACAGGAAUGGUCGCCUUACAGAACGGUGAUACGCUCGCGGUUCGAUGUACCGAGCACGUCCCUAAGAUUCUGCAUCCCAUCGAUCACAUCAGCGUCAGUAAGCAACGGCCGCAUCACCCACUGUCUCUUUACGAUUGUCUUCAAGCGUUCAGUCAAAGCGAAACUCUAGACGAACACAAUCCUUGGUUUUGUCCGAAAUGUGGGCGUAAUCAGUGUGCCACGAAAACUCUUACAGUACAUCGAUAUCCCAAGUUCCUCAUUGUAUAUCUCAAAAGGUUCGUGUUUUAUGAAUGUACGAGUAUGAAGCUAGACGACAAAGUCACAUUCCCUCUGGUGGGUCUGAGUGUAGGACGUCACCUAUAUGAUCUCUACGCUUGCGUGUGUCACUUCGGAGGUGUUUCUGCGGGUCACUAUACGGCAUACGCGAAGAAUCCUCGCACAGACGUGUGGUAUUAUUACAAUGACGAGAUCACGAGCAGGCAGAAACCACAGGAUGAGGAUUUCAGCAAUGCGUACAUAUUGUUUUAUAGCCGACAGGGGACCAACUUGAAACCGUGCAAUAUAUAACAAGUGAUGUAUUUAACCUGAUAGGACGGGAAAGAACACGUUGAGAUUGUGGUGUGUGUGUGUGAGAGAGAGAGAGAGAGAGAGAGAGAGAGAGAGAGAGAGAGAGAGAGAGAGAGAGAGAGAGAGAGAGAGAGAGAGAGAGAGAGAGGCAUUAAUCAUCGGGUGACUGGAGACGAAGAGGUGGAUGUCGAGAAGAGAUUGACGUUCGCGUUCUUCCACGUACUUUUCUGCUAUGACGUUUUAUUCACGUCAUUCUUUCAUACGUUUUAAACGUAUAUACCUUAAUCUUACCCGUUGGUUUACACGAUUUCCUGUAUCUACCCUAUAUCUGCCUCCGCUAGAGCUAUUUUUGAAAAGUGCAAUAAGAUGCGCCUUCGUUUCGCGCGUAUCGAGAUUGCUCUUUGAAUUGCGUCGAAUAUCAAAUACUUAUCACCUAUGUGUUUCUUUGGCGAUCGUUGUGCGAUUUCUCGAUGAAGGACGAACGUGAAUCGCGAACGAUACCCUACCCUACCGGUGACGUCCUGGGCUAAAACAAACUUUUAGGUCUGAUUUAAUUCAUGGAUUCUGAGAGAAAGCGAAUGUUAUUUGUACUGCAUAUUGUAAACGUAUGUCGACUUUGUACAGUAGAUGGUUAAAUGUAGACUCAAGAAUUCUAAACAUUACGUAAUUUAUAUUAGUGAAUAAAGGUGAACGUCACAUACUCUAA